UCAUAAACUUCCUCCUCGGCUCCAUUUGCUCACAGUCAGUCAGAAACUUUCCAACACUCUACAGGACUCUAUUGCUUCACCUGAUACACGUAUCGGGACUUUUCUCCAGCCAUGAGUUGGGUUUCUCCGCCAGGGUUUAUGUUGCUAGUACUGAUUGCACUCCAGGCUGUGGCUAUGGUGAGGACCAGGUCUGGAGACAAUCUGGUUAGAAAAAGGCGAGAAUGGAUUAUCCCUCCAAAGCCACUGAUGGAAAAUGUAGACUACACUCAGGAAGAAUUCAUUGCCAAGAUUCGAUCAGAUUUUGAAGCAGUUCACGAUAUUGUGUACUCACUAGAAGGUGUUGGUGCAAGCAAAUAUCCCUUCCACGUCUUUGUAGUUGACCCGAAAACUGGAUUUAUCAAAGUGACCAAACAGCUUGACAGGGAGGAGAUCGCCAUAUACAAUCUGUCAGGUGUUGCUCAUAACACGGUCAAUGGCAAGGAAGUAGAGAAAAGAAUUGACAUACGAAUCAAGGUUGUAGAUGACAAUGACAACUCUCCAACGUUUGGAAUCAUCAGUCCUGUGGAUGUGGAUGAGCGCAGCCCCAUAGGGACUACAGUUAUGAAAAUAACUGCAACUGAUGCUGAUGAACCAGGGAAUGAGAACUCUAAGAUUGCCUACAGCAUCAUAGAUGAGAGUCCAAGUGAUGACAUGUUCAGAAUUACAAAGGAUGGGAACAUCGUCGUCAAAAAGCCUACCCUGGACAGAGAGACACAUGACAAGUACAUUCUGACAGUGAGAGGUCAAGACUUAUAUGGUAAACCAGGGGGAAGAGUCGGAAGCGGUACUGUUACCAUCAAUGUCCGAGAUGUGAAUGACCAUCCUCCCACUCUGGAAAAAUUAUUGUAUGAGGGCAGCAUUGAGGAGAACACACAAGGGGUGGAGGUGAUGAGAAUCAAAGCAGAGGACCUGGACCUGAAGGGCACUGACAACUGGGAAACCGUGUUUGACAUUGUCAAAGGCAACGAGGCAGGGUACUUCAGCAUCACAACAGACCCCAAAACCAACGAGGGUAUCCUAAUGCUCGACAAGGCUGUGAAUUAUGAGGACGUGAAACGGCUUGACCUGGGAAUAUCUUUGAGAAACAAGGCUCCGCUAUAUGAUGGAACAGAGUCAAAUGCUAACAUUGGUAUACAUUUGGGACCAAAUGAUGCAACUGGUGCAACUGGUGCCAGCGGUGCCAGCGGUGCUAGUGGUGCCAGUGGUGCCAGCGGUGCUAGUGGUGCAAGCGCCCCUAAGACUUAUCCCAUCACAAUCAAUGUGAAAAAUCAGCCUGAGGGCCCAGGUUUUGAUCCCAAAGUCAAAGCUAUUCCCAUCUCAGAGGGAGGCACCACCAACAUUAAUGAUGUUAUUGCCCGCUACCCUGCAAUAGAUGGAGACACUGGGAAACCAGCUGAGAAUGUCAGGUAUGCCAAAGGAUCAGACCCUGACAACUGGCUAACCAUCGAUCCAGAAACAGCUGAGAUCAAACUGAACAAGAUGCCGGACAGAGAAUCUCCAUUCCUGGUCAAUGGGACAUAUUUCGCCAAAGUUCUGUGCAUUACAGAAGAUAUGCCCGCUAAAACAGUUACCGGCACCAUAGCCAUCCAGGUGGAAGAUUUUAAUGACCAUUGCCCCACCCUGACCAGUAACAACAUCCAGACUAUGUGUACCACGGGUGAUUCUGUUAUUGUGAAUGCCGAAGAUAAGGAUGUUUACCCUAACGGACCUCCUUUUCGCUAUACCAUCAUCCCAGAGGGCACGGUGGGCAAAUGGAAGGUGGAGCCUCUCAAUGACACUGCCAUUAUACUGAGAGCCCAGGAGUCCAUGUGGCCUGGUUCCUACGAGGUGCAAUUUAAGGUGACGGACGUGCAGGGAGUGGCCUGUCCAGAACCACAGAAAGUGGAGGUCAAGGUUUGUACGUGUGAGGAUGGAGUGCUGUGUGGACAACGAGGCGCCAAUGGUCAGUCCAGCAAAGGAGCAGAUUUCGGACCUGCAGGCAUCGGACUGCUACUCCUGGGCCUGCUGCUUUUACUACUUAUUCCUCUGUUGCUGCUCUCCUGCCAAUGUGGGGGGGCUGCGGGGCUGCCAGGUGGCUUUACUGAGAUGCCUUUUGACACCAAAUCACACCUCAUUAACUACCGCACCGAGGGCCAGGGAGAGAACACGGAGGUGCCACUCAUGAACAUGCCAACAAUUGUGGGAGGAGAUAUGGUCAACAUGGAUAUGGGCAAGGCCAACAAUUUUUCAGCAAUGCCAAUAGCAGGUUUCCAGGCUUCCAUUGAUGGGAUGAAUGGGGCCAUCUAUCAAGAUGGGAUUUCAAGUGGCUACAGAGAAGGGACAUGGGGGAUGAUGAACCAGGUGCGCAGCAAUGGCUUCUACGCUGAGGGCAAAGAAUCAGGAGUAGCUGUAGGGCUUUAUGACAGCAUGGCCCUGCCAAACCACUUCCUGGGACAGUACUACUCUCAGAAGGUGAACAGUGGAAAUGAGAACCUUGGAGUUAAGGAUGGUCUCUUGGUUUAUGACUAUGAGGGUCAGGGCUCCUCUGCUGGCUCAGUGGGCUGCUGCAGCCUCCUGGAGUCUGACAACAACCUGCAGUUCCUCGAGGACCUCGGGCCAAAGUUCAAGACCCUGGCUGAAGUAUGCGGAGGCAAGAAGAUCCCAGCUGAAGUCAAACCAAUGUUCACUCCUCUACCCAGUGCCUCUAUCAACACUCAGAGCUCAGUAUCAAGUGUGGUGAAAGCCCAACAGCUGCCCCCUCCACCCCAGCGGCAGCCAACCAUUGCCAAAACAGAGCAGACUGUGUUCAGGGAGACAUCUGAGAGUUCCCAGGUGGUGAAGGAAAGCAAAGCAACAAUGAGAGAAGGGAUGACCACAGUGAAGGAAGGGAUGACAAAUGAAGGCCAGAUGUUCCUGCUACAGCAGCAGCAGCCUGUCUACUACACCACCACCCCUGUGAUGCAGCCGAUGCAAUAUGUAGUCCAGCCACAAGUUCAGAACACUGUGCUUCUGGCUGAGGCACCAUCCACCAACAUGCAGGGCAUGGUAUUGCUUAAUGGCACCCAGACCGGACCUGCCCAAGGUGUGGUUGUUCAGGGACAGAUGAUGUCUAGUGGACAAGUCCAGGGCCCCGGUAUGAUGCUGGUGGAGAGGAGCGGUAUCCAGGAGGCCAGUGCCAACCGGAUCCACGCUGGCAACCUCUCUGGUUCCCAGACCAUGAUGGUCGUGGAGGGCAAGGUCCCUACAGGGUCACUGAAAGCACUGAAGGGGAGCCAAACUAGCUUCAUGCAGGGGGGCACUUUACCGCCAGGAGGGCUUUCAGGAUCUCAGAGAGUCCUGGUGGUCAGAGGGCCAAUAAGCAGCGGAGGGCAGCUGGUCCAGGAGGCAGGAGGUCUGUCUCAAAAGAGUGUAGUAUCUGCUUCUCAAAGAGACCUCAAGGGCAACACAUCCUCAGGGUCUCAGAGCAAUUUGGUUGCUUCAUCUACUACCACACUGAGCACAACCCCCACAUACCGCAAGGUGGUGGUUCAGGAGACAAAAGAAAUUCACUGAAUUACACUGUCAGGACAACUGAGAACCUUUUGAGUGAUGCCAAUAAAACUUUUUCGCUGGCUUGUUCCAGGUGGUGAUGGGAUGCUUGUGGGACUCAAUAAAUGCAAGACAGAUAAUGAGGAGAGGACAAGUUCCCCAUACUCCCUUUUUAAAUUUGUCAAUACAAUUCUCAAAGAAAGGUUUGUCAAUCCCAGGCUCCCCAGUGCCCUCCCAAAGUUCCGUGGGAAGAAGCAACAUUACUGUUAAUGGCCAUUACUUCAACAAAGGGAGGGGGAAAUAAAUACAUUGAAUAUAAACACCAAAAAGGAAUAAUAAUAACGGUAAGCUGACAGCCCAAAACUAUCCCAGCUUACCUAUCUAUUGACUAUUGACCUACGUUUAUACUGCUAUGGACUUGACUUGGGCAUAAAGAAAUGCAGCAUAGCUAUCCUUUUUUUAAAUGUCUUACGUACAAAUGCUACAAAUAAGUAGUAUAGUUUUGCCUUGUUUAUCUCCACCUCUCACUGCAGUGACAGAAUGUUACACACAUUCAUGUUCAGUAUACAAUUAGGAUAUCCUCAUGUUAUGUUUUAUGUAGUGUCCUGCUCUAUGAUCUCGUGUCAUGUAUCUUAGUUAUAUGCUGCCUGUUUGUUGUUUUGCACCAAUUAAAAUGUUAAUAUAAAAAGUAUUUUGUACUAAUAGGCUUAUAUCCUACUUCCAAAUAGGGGUACAAGACAGGGAAACUUACUCUCGCCAUGUAUAUACCUUAUACCUGCUCUAUUUGAAAAGUGUCCUGAGAUAACUUCUGUUAUGAAUUGGCGCUAUACAAAUAAAAUUGAGCUGAAUUGAAUUGAAUUGAAUUAUAGUCAGGAUUAUGCUCUUGCUGCAGCUAUCAGAUGGAAUAUACAUUGUCUUGGAGUUCAUGUCAGCUAUCCAAAUGACAAUAAAAAUACUUUGGUAAAA